ACCCAAGAAAAUUCGUUUGACCCACCCACACCGAACGGAUGGUAACUCAUCUCUAUUUCGCUCUUUUGGACGUUUGUUUUUAAUUGUAUUUAACGACUAUUCCACAUUAGACGGUUGCUAAGACGUUCAGCGGGUAUAAUUGAGGAUAUAUUUUCCGUGCAAGUGCGGUAGGUUAGGUUAAUUACGGGAAACGGAACGCCCACCUUCGUGUUUAGCUCGUCCGACGAUCACACGCGUUUGAGGAAAUCGACAAUAAUCAUCGUUGGGUCGAACCGGUAUAAAAAUAUCUGAAACUGGCCGGCGCUGAACAGUGUAUUGGUUUUUGCCGGGGUUUUCGGUUUUGCUGCUGUUAAGCCACACGCAGAAUGUUAUCCACCGGCAAUUGGUGGUUGGAAUUUGUGGCCGUUUGCGGGGUCGCAUUGGCGACGGUCUACUACUUUAGCACGUCCACGUUUGGCAAAUGGCAAAAAGCUAGUGUACCCUUCGUGAGACCAGUGCCGCUGUUCGGCAACAUCCUGCCGAUGGCGCUGGGCUCUGAGCAUCCGGUGCAGACCUUCCGCAGGAUCUACAACCAGCUGGCCGGCCACAAGUACGGUGGCUUUUGGCAGAUGCGCACGCCGUACCUGAUGAUCCGGGAUCCCGAACUGAUCAACAGGAUCCUGAUCAAAGACUUUGCGCACUUCAGCGACCGCGGCAUUUACACGGACGUCAAAGCCAACCCGCUGUCUAACAACCUGUUCUUCAUGGGUGGCCCCAAGUGGAAGGUGAUCCGGAACAAGCUCUCGCCGGCGUUCACCUCGGGCAAGCUGAAGCUGAUGCAGAGCCAGAUCAAAGAGUGCGGCGACGAGCUGAUGAGCAAACUGCACGCCGAACUUAAGCGGUCGGACCAGCUGGAAGUCCGGCACUUGAUGGGAAACUACUCGACCGACGUUAUAGGCUCGUGUGCUUUCGGGCUCAAGGUAAACGCGGUCAGCGACAAGAACUCGACGUUUCGGCACUACGGCAAGUCGUUAUUCGUCCCGACCGCCCGGGUAUUGCUGAGGGAACUGAGUCUGAUGAUAGCUCCUUCGCUGCUCAGAAUAGUCAGGAUCAAGGACUUCCCGACGGAAGCCACGGAUUUCUUCAAGUCCGCGUUCCAGGAGACCAUAGCCUACAGGGAAGCCAACAAAGUGAUCAGACACGAUUUCGUGCAGAAUCUGAUGCAAGCGAGAAAAGAUUUGGUGCUCAACGACGACCUGCCGGCCGAAGAGAGAUUCACCGACAUGGAAAUUAUCGCCAACGCGUUUGUAAUGUUCGCCGCCGGUUUUGAAACGGUCUCCACCGGCAUGAGCUUUUGCCUAUACGAGUUGGCGUUGAAAAAGCACAUCCAAGACAAAGUGCGCAAAGAAAUCGAGACGAAAAAAGAAUUGCAUGGCGGUGACAUGAACAACGAUUUCCUUAUGGAUCUGAGUUACAUGGAUAUGGUGUUAGCAGAAUCUCUACGCAAGUAUCCACCGACCUUCGCCUUGUUCAGAGAGGCCACACAAACGUAUCACGUGCCCGACGACCAGUUAACAAUAGAAAAAGGACAAAAACUCUUGAUUCCCAUACACUCUUUGCAUUACGAUCCGCAAUACUUUAAAGACCCGGAGACUUUUGAUCCAGAACGGUUCACACCAGAAGAAAAAGCCAAAAGACCCAGCGGGACCUAUUUGCCGUUUGGCGACGGGCCUCGAAUUUGCAUAGGAAAACGUUUUGCCGAAAUAGAAAUGAAACUGGCCAUGUCAGAGUUAUUAUCUAAAUUCGAAGUAGAACCUUGCGAGAAAACGGAGAUACCACUUACGUUCAGUAAACAAGCGUUCAUAGUGGUGCCAAGGAACGGUAUUUGGUUAAAAUUUAAACCGUUAACGAAAAAUAUGUUAAGACCCGUUUUUGAGUAUUUUGACGUGAAAUGGACGAUCUCAGCCGUUGUAGUGGUCGCCAUAUACGUUUACUGUACUUGGCAUUAUAGUCACUGGUCCAAGUUGGGCGUGAAAUGCCCGUGGACACCUCUACCGUUGUUUGGUCAUUUUUUCCAGUCAAUCGUAGGCCUCAAGCAUACCAUGGAAGUGUUCCAGACUAUUUACCAAGAGAUGGGCGACAAACCGUAUGCCGGGGUUUACACAAUGCGCAUGCCACAGCUGUUCAUCAAGGACCCUGAACUUAUCGGCCGUAUAUUGAUCAGGGACUUCAGUCAUUUCACCGAUCGCGGCAUUUACUCGGGCACGCAUACGAACCCACUGAACAAUAACAUAUUUUUCACUGGCGGCGAACGAUGGAGGAUAAUGCGAAAAAAGCUCAGUCCCACGUUCACGGCCAACAGGCUCAAGUACAUGAUCGAACAGAUCAAAGAGUGUAGCGAUAGCAUGCUGAACACCAUAGGCCAGACGAUGGGCGUCGAAUCCGGCAAAAUGGAAAUCCGCGAAAUGAUGGCCAAGUACUCGACGGACGUGAUCGGCAGUUGCGCUUUUGGGCUGAAGUUAGACGCCAUCAACGACCCGGAUUCGGAAUUCCGCAAGUACGGCAAGGCAGUUUGCACACCGUCGUUGAAGUCUCAGCUCUGGGUGGCAAUCAUAUUCAUCCAGCCGGCGUUGCUGCGGUUGUUCCGGAUGAACAAUUACUCGCAAAAAACCAUCGACUUCUUCCGGAACGCCUUCCAAGAGACCAUCCGGCACAGGGAACAGAACAACUACCAGCGCAACGACUUUGUACAGCAUCUGAUGAAGGCCAGAAAGGAUUUGGUGCUGAAUCCCGACUUGAAAGACGAAGACAAAUUUUCAGAAUUGGAUAUUGUGGCCAACGCGUACAUUUUAUUUGUUGCUGGGUUCGAAACCGUGUCAACGUCUAUAAGCUCUUGCUUAUACGAGCUGGCCUUGAGAAAAGAUAUUCAAGAUAGGGUUCGAAAAGAAAUCGUUCACGUUAAAUCUCAACACGGUGACAAAAUGGAUAUUGAAUCUUUAAACAAACUACACUAUAUGAGCAUGGUUAUCAAAGAGACGCUGAGAAAAUAUCCCCCGCUCAUAGCGUUAAACAGAGAAGUUACUAAACCGUACACUUUACCGGGCACUGACAUAACGUUGAAGACCGGCACGAAAGUCAUCAUACCCGUCAACUGCAUACACUACGAUGCCAAAUAUUACAGAAAUCCGAAGGAGUUCGACCCCGAGCGGUAUUCCGCCGACAACAUCAGGAGCUUGCACCCCAACACUUAUAUACCCUUCGGAGACGGCCCUCGCACGUGCAUAGGUAAACGGUUUGCCGAGUUCGAAAUCAAAUUGGCUUUGUCGGAAGUGCUGACCAACUACGAAGUGUUGCCAUGCGAAAAGACACAAGUGCCCAUCCAGUACGUUAUUGGCACCUUUGUAAACAUACCCAACAGCGUUUGGCUUAAAUUUAAACCGUUAAACGUCUAAAGUCACGUUACUGUGUACACAAAAUCAUUAUUAUUGCCACUGUGAUUGCUUGUCCGCAAGGUUUGUUAGCAAACCUCUAACAGCGAUAUUUUAUGGCAGUUUUUUACGAGCAUGAUUUAACAUUUUUUUUGUAAUAACAAUUAAGUCUUAAUACGCUUGUAAUAAAGUAAUAAUACAAACUUAUGAAAUAAUUAUAAAAUAUAUUAUAUACAUUUUUG